CUUAAAUCUUCAGCAAAGUUCUGCCAUGGUAGCGGGGGCUAAUGGAGUUCGGUCGCUGAGAGAGACACCAACAUGGGCUGUUGCACUUGUUUCUGCAGUUUUUGUGAUCAUUUCUGUUCUUAUUGAACAUGGGAUUCAUUCUCUUGAAAAGUGGUUUCGGAAGCUCCAGAAGAAGGCCAUGAUUGAGGCUUUGGAGAAGAUUAAAGCCGGGGAAAGUGUCGUUGAUAUCUCAGUCAGGGGUGCACCAAUUGCACAUUUUCAUAUUUGUGCUUGCCAUUUUCCAUGCUCUGUAUAGUGUGAUCAC